AUGGCUCAAAAAUCACAAAAACAGAAGAGCUCGGCCAUGAAAAAAAUGAUAAAACAUGACAAGAAUAAGGAGAUUCCACUUGCUAAUGAAGAAGAGGAACCUGUAAACAUGGAGAGUAUGGGUCAUCCAGAAAUUUAUCCUUUAGUGCUAACUACCAAGACCCAAGAAAUAUUUAACUGCCGAAUAGAUGAAGACCUGACAGAUGAACAACCUUACAAGCUUAUCAAAAAACAAGAUAUUUUGGCAGACUUUCACAACAGAGCUGCAGUAUCUGAUUUCUACCCAGUCAAAAAAAUUAUCCAGGAAUAUCCUGGAGAUGAGCUUCUGGUUGUUUACGACAAAGACUUCAAAUAUGGACUUAACUUUUAUAUCAUUGGAACUGAAGAGGGCAAGGAAAACUAUUUCAAUCCCCCAGAAGUUCCAGAAGAACAGGAGGAACAUAAAGAAUUUAAAGAAUAUAUUUCUGAAGACAUGCUUUUCUAUAAGCCGCCCAUCUCUAAACCAUGGGCUUCUUUGGGCAGUGAAAAAGAAAUUGAAGAAGAAUCAGUUAAGGAAUCUACAAAGCAGAUUACAUAUAUGAUUUCUCGAAAACAAUGUGAGUUUGGUGCACCAAUUAAGUUUAGUGACCAGAAUGCUUCCAGUGUAAAAGAUGCCUAUAUUGAAUGUACAGCCUACCCAGAUAAAAAUUUUGUUCUUAAGCAACUUGAGAAAGAUGUUGGCAUGCAAGCAGUCCCCAAAGUCAUGGACACAAGUACUCAGACAAGAUGGACAUAUCCCAAAAAUGCUACUACGCAAUAUUAUCCAAGAGAAUUUUUAGAAGAGGAAAAAGAGACACUCAGACAAUCAAAGCUGUUAGCUGAUUUUCUUAACAACACGUGCAUAAGUGUUGAAAUAGCCUUGCAACAAAAUGAAAUCACCAACACAUUUAUCGAUGACUGGAAAUGCCUGGCAGAAGAAGAAGGCACCUUUGGGGACAAGACCGAUACUCACCUGAAGGAGUACCAGUCCUUUACCGACCUUCAUAACCUAACAGAGAAAAUGAUCACGUGCGUCUCGUGGCAUCCAGAGAUCUACGGGCUAUUAGCUGUGUCGGUAGCCGUGCGACUCUCCUUCGAAGAGCGAGUUCACUUUUCUGGUAAACUAUUGCUCCAGCCGUCACUGAUUCUUUUCUGGAGCUUCUCCGAUCCCAUCCAUCCUCAGUUAAUGCUGGAGAGCCCAGAAGACAUUUUCUGCUUCAAGUUCUGUCCAACUAACCCCAAUAUUAUUGCUGGAGGCUGCAUAAAUGGACAGAUUAUCAUGUGGGAUAUUACUGCACAUGCUGAACGCAUUGAAAACAUUAAGACAGGCGGUAGUAGAAGUAAAAAACCCACACUCAAGCCUAUGUUUCUCCUCGAACCAGACAUUAAUAAAGAAGCAAUGUAUAUCAGACACUGUGCGGUCUCCUCAAUAGAAAAUGGACAUAAGAAAGCAAUUACAGAUAUACAUUGGCUGUCUGACACAUUUGAGAUUAACAGAAUGGGUUCUGUCUUUGAGAAUCGAAGUGGGAUAUGCUGUCAACUUGUCACCUGUUCAGCAGAUUGCACAAUAUGUUUUUGGGAUAUCAGACCACAGAAAGCUGCAACCCCUCAACCGACAGAGAAAAAGAAAGAAGAAAGUAUUGAAAUUCCUUAUGAUAUACCAUCUACUUUUUUGCAUCUAGAUCUCUCCUGGAAACCCCUCUCUAAGCUAAAACUAUCUAAAGGUGAAACAAGUUUAGACCACUGCCCAACCAAGAUAAGCCUGAGUGAAGGCCAUGUCCUUCGGAAAACACAAGACAAAGUGUUAGCUGAGAACAAAGCCUUAAAGUCUGGAGACAUGAACCCAUACCAGAACCUGGAAAGUGGAUUGGCCAAUCUUCUCAGGCCAAUAGAGGACUUCUGCACAAAGUUCUUUGUGGGAACAGAGGAAGGUGAAGUGAUAUACACAGAUUGGAAACUGGAAAGAGACCCUGAAACUGGCCGGCUGAUGACAAAGAAGCCAGUGAGCCUCUACACUGUCCAUGAUGGUGCCGUCCACACUGUUCAGAGAUCACCUUUUUACAAGGACAUUAUCCUCACUGUUGGGGGAUGGAACAUAGCCAUCUGGAAGGAAAGUGUCACGAUCGGACCCCUCCUUCAGUCAUCCUGUGCUCCGAAAAGGUACACCUCAGGGCACUGGUCUCUGACCAGGCCUGGAGUCUUCUAUAUCGGCCGAGAAGAUGGGUACAUCGAUAUCUGGGACCUUCUGGAGAAAACCCAUGAACCAGCCCAGUCACAAAACAUCUGUAUAACUAUGAUCACCUACAUCAAACCCUGGACCUUUUCUGCUAAGCAGCAAUUUAUAGCCGUAGCUGAUUAUUAUGGGACUCUGCAUAUAUUAGAAAUUCCUUGGACAUUGAGUCACCCUUCUGUCAACGAGGUAUCAAGUAUAAGCCACUACUUUGAAAGAGAAGUCAAGCACCUGGAAUAUGUAGAACAGCGCAAGAAAAUCCGUGAGCAAGAAAAGAAAGAAAUGGAGCUGGAGGUGGAGAAGAAAAAAGUUAAAACAUAUCAGAAGACAAAAGAACAACUGGAGGCUGAAUUGAAAAUGGAUUAUGAGAAUUAUUUGGAACUGGAAAGGACCACCCUCAUCAACCUGGGCCUGAUUAAAGCAUCAGACAUGACGCCAUUCAUGGAGAUGAUGUAG